AGAAACCAGCUACAUCCCGACGCAUGUUACUGCCGGAGCCGGAACUGACAGAGCCAGAUCUCGACGCGGCCGGGCCUAUAGUGAGCCUGCAACGGCGCAAACCAGCCGUUGCUGUUGCAGAGCCGUGCGGGGGCCAUGACGCCAGGCUUCAAGCUCUUCUUCACAACAGUAUCCGUCGAUUCAAAGAAGAAAUGGCGAGUGAGGAAAGAAGCGGAGGUGGAUGGAGAAAUGCAGUCUCAAGCCCCGAUCUGGGUUUGUCUCAAACCCAGAUCGGGGCUUGAGACAAACCCAGAUCUGGGUUUGUUUUGAUGAAGAAGCAGCAACAGCAGCAGCUAAAACUAAUGAGUGGAAGAAAGCAUGGAGGCUCACGAAAAAACCAAAGCAAUCUCCACUUAAUCCAUCUCAGGGCAAAUCUGUGUUUGUUUGUUUUGGAGAGGAAGAAAAACCGAUAAGAGAGAGAAAAGAAUAAGAAAGAAAAUGAAGUUUUUAUUUUUUU